CCUCCUCAAAGCAUCUGCUCACUCGCGUCAUCCUGCAAUUCAGUCAGCAGCUCAGUAUCAGCUCAGAUCAGCUCAGAUUUUAUUCUCGCCUAUUAGCUCGAUUCCAGACUCACUCAGCUAGAAAGGGAAAUGGCCGCCGUCAGUGCCUCGGUCGCUCUCGUGGGGAGUGUCGCCCCCGUCUUCAGGGAGACACGUACUGGGUCUAGCUCCAGCAGCAGCAGUGCUAGAUUAGGAUCCACAGCCAGCUUCGGCAAUUUGAGAUUGACAGCUGCUGCACCUCGCUCACGAUCCAUCAGCCGCCCGUUCGUGGUCCGAGCUAAGGACGAUGGCAUUGUCGACUCAGUCAAGUCCACCGCCGACCAGGCUGCGCAGAAUGUCAAGAGCGGAGCAAACAAAGUCGGAGAGUUCGUCUCUGACGCAGCGAGCAACGUCAAGGACACAGCUCAAGACGCCGUGGAGACCGUGAAGGACAAGGCCAGCGACCUCACCGGCCAGGCAAAGAGCGCUAGCCAGGACUUGGGCAACAAGGCCGAGGACGUCAAGGAUCAAGCCGCCGGCAAAGCAGACGAGGCCAAGGAGAAUGUGAAGGGAACGGUCGACAAAGCCAGCAGCAAGGCUGAGGACGCCGGCAAGGACAUUCAGUCCAAGGCAGAGGAUGCAACCUCGUCAGCGAAGUCAGGAUUCAAGGACGCGACACGCCAGGCCGAGGGAUCCGUCAGAGACGCUUCGAGAUCUGCCCAAUCGGGAGUAGAUGAAGCUUCGAGCAAGGCUAAAUCUGGCCUCGACGAUGCGUCAAGGAAGACACAGAAUGCGGCCAACGAGCUUAAGAACUGAGCCUAUGCAGCUAAAUCAGUCAAUCAAUCCGUCGACUACAAUUUCGUGAUUGUGUAGGACGCAUGUAGAUAGAUACUAGUAAGGCCCUGCAGUGUUCUGUGCCAUAUCUGGAGGGAAUGUUCCCACCGUCUCGGCAAAAAGGAUAGUGUUGGAAACUUGUACAACAUCCUCAGCAUCACGUCACAGUUCCUGUGACGUGCAUGAAUUGUGAAUUGAGAAAAUUCUAUUUGAUUCUAUUUUC